AUGAAUCCGUCUACUGGGAAGAAGAGAGGAGAUCCAAGUACCCCAUCGUCACCUAGACAGUACAAGAGGCAAAGGACGAUCGCGACACCUACAGAUUCAAGUACAGCAACCUUGAGCGCACCUUUACCAGACACAAUUACCAAUGAUCUGGGUCUUGACAAGCACCCACAGCCAUCAGGCCCAUACCUCCCAUCCCUCCUCACAACACUCGUAAACCCCAAAAUUGCAUCCCCAGAAUCAGCGUUCUCUUCCAAAGUCAAGGAUCGAUACCUCUCCCUCGACAAUCCACCUCGUGAUGCUGCUAAACGCAAGGCAGCGAGACUACGAUCAAAGAAAUUGAGACAGGGUAAGAAUAAAAAGGAGAAAUUGAAUGCUAGUGAUAAGAGGAGGUUGGGGGUUUAUGAUGUGCCAAAGGAACAGUGCAAAUAUAAACUGUUUGAACCAUUACACGAGCUAUGGAAUCAGUAUAUGAAGGAUUUGUUGGGUGAUUCGAACAAUAUCGUGGCUGCUAUUGCGUUGCCAAAGAUACUCAAGGCUGAUUUUCAUGGAUGUUUGCUUACUGUCAUACGCUCGAAAUGCCCCUCAUACAUCGGCACAACUGGAAUCCUGUUUAAAGAAACUGAAAAACUGUUUCAUCUAGUUACUGCUGAUGAUCAAGUCAAACUAAUCCCAAAAUCAAACUCUGUAUUCUCAUUCAGUCUAAACACCACGGUCUUCACUCUAUUUGGAAACCAUCUAAUGUCGCGUGCAUCUGAACGUGCUGCAAAGAAAUACAAGUACAAGUUUACAAUGGAUUUGUGA